CUGACUUGACGCACCGCCCUCCUGGACCACAGCAUCCAGCAUCCAAAGGGGGUUUACAGGCUAGGGGGGACCGCUGGUUACACAGGUACCGUGUUUCUUUGUUGUAGCUGAGGCAGACCGAGGUUCUCAUCAUGGGGGAACUGUUCCGGAGUGAGGAGAUGACCCUGGCCCAGCUCUUUCUCCAGUCAGAGGCAGCCUACUGCUGCGUCAGCGAGCUGGGAGAACUGGGUAUGGUCCAGUUCAGAGAUCUGAACCCAGACGUGAACGUGUUCCAGCGCAAGUUUGUGAAUGAAGUGAGGAGAUGUGAAGAGAUGGACAGGAAACUCAGGUUUGUGGAGAAGGAGAUCAAGAAAGCAUCCAUCCCAACUGUGGACACUGGAGAGAAUCCAGAGGUUCCUUUUCCAAGGGACAUGAUCGAUCUUGAGGCCACGUUUGAGAAGCUGGAGAACGAGCUGAAGGAGAUCAACACCAACCAGGAAGCCCUGAAGAAGAACUUCCUGGAGCUGACAGAGCUCAAACACAUCCUCCGUCGCACACAGCAGUUCUUUGAUGAGAUGGAGGAUCCGAACCUGCUGGAGGAGUCAUCAGCCCUGAUGGAGGGCGGUGAGGGGGGCCGCGGGGCCCCACUGAGGCUGGGGUUUGUGGCUGGAGUGAUCAGCAGGGAGAGGAUCCCAACCUUCGAGAGGAUGCUGUGGAGGGUGUGUCGUGGUAAUGUCUUCUUAAGGAAGGCAGAGAUUGAGGACCCUCUGGAGGACCCUGCCACGGGAGACCAGGUCCACAAAUCUGUGUUCAUCAUCUUCUUCCAAGGGGACCAGCUGAAGAACAGGGUGAAGAAGAUCUGUGAGGGGUUCCGCGCCUCUCUCUACCCGUGUCCUGAGACCCCACAGGAGAGGAAGGAGAUGCUGGCUGGAGUCAACAGCCGCAUCGACGAUCUCCAGAUGGUGCUGAAUCAAACAGAGGACCACCGUCAGCGAGUGCUGCAGGCCGCCUCAAAGACGAUGAGGGUUUGGUUCAUCAAGGUGAGGAAGAUGAAGGCCAUCUACCACACGCUCAACCUGUGCAACAUCGACGUCACACAGAAGUGUCUCCUCGCUGAGGUUUGGUGUCCCGUCUCCGACCUGGACUCUAUCCAGUUUGCUCUGCGCAGAGGGACGGAGAGGAGCGGCUCCACAGUGCCAUCCAUCCUCAAUAGGAUGCAGACCAAGCAAACUCCACCAACCUUCAACAAGACCAACAAGUUCACUUCGGGCUUUCAGAACAUAGUCGACGCCUACGGCAUCGGGAACUACCGGGAAAUCAACCCAGCACCAUACACCAUUAUUACCUUCCCCUUCCUGUUCGCGGUGAUGUUCGGUGACAUGGGUCACGGCCUGCUGAUGACCUGCGCUGCCCUCUAUCUGGUCAUCCGAGAGAGCCGCCUCGUCGCCCAGAAGAGUGACAACGAGAUGUUCAACAUGGUGUUUGCUGGUCGAUACAUCAUCCUUCUGAUGGGGAUCUUCUCCAUGUACACCGGCCUCAUAUACAACGACUGCUUCUCCAAGUCGCUCAACAUGUUCGGCUCUGGAUGGAGCGUCAGACCCAUGUUCGGCCCCAAAGGAGCCAACUGGUCGUCUGAUACCCUGGAGGGGAAUGCAGUCCUUCAGCUGGACCCAGCUGUCUCUGGUGUCUUCAACGGGCCUUAUCCACUUGGCAUUGAUCCGAUCUGGAACAUGGCCUCCAACAAGCUGACCUUCCUGAACUCAUUCAAGAUGAAGAUGUCCGUGGUCCUCGGCGUCAUUCACAUGAUUUUUGGAGUGUCUCUGAGUCUCUUCAACCACCUGUACUUCAAGAAGCCUCUGAACAUCUUCCUGGGCUUCAUCCCUGAGAUCGUCUUCAUGUCCAGCCUGUUCGGAUACCUGGUUCUGUUAGUCUUCUACAAGUGGACGGCCUACGAUGCCUUCACCUCCAAGGACGCUCCUAGUCUGCUCAUCCACUUCAUCAACAUGUGUCUGUUCAACUACAAUGACCCCACUAACAAGCCCCUCUACGCAGGACAGAUGGGGAUCCAGGUUUUGUUGGUGCUGAUUGCCCUUGCAUGUGUUCCCUGUAUGCUGGUUGUGAAAACUAUGGUGCUUCGGCGUCAGCACCUGUGGAAAAAGCACCUGGGCACGCAGAAGUUUGGAGGGGUGCGAGUGGGCAAUGGACCCACGGAGGAUGAGGCUGGCAUCAUGGACCACGACCAUCUCUCCCAGCAUUCAGAGGAAGGAGAUGAGUUUGACUUUGGUGACGUUGCUGUGAUCCAGGCCAUUCACACCAUAGAGUACUGUCUGGGAUGUAUCUCUAACACAGCCUCCUACCUGCGCUUGUGGGCCCUCAGCUUGGCUCAUGCACAGCUGUCAGAAGUUCUCUGGACCAUGGUGAUGCACCUGGGUCUGUCUUCAAGGAGUGGGGGCGGGUUCUUCGGCCUGUCGAUCAUCUUCUCAGCCUUCGCCACCCUUACUGUUGCCAUCCUGCUCGUCAUGGAGGGGCUGUCGGCUUUCCUGCAUGCCCUGCGUCUGCACUGGGUGGAGUUCCAGAACAAGUUCUACUGCGGCCAGGGAUUCAAGUUCGUCCCGUUCUCCUUCGAGAGCAUCCUGGACGGACGAUUUGACGAGUGAUCCCACCUCAGCCCUGAGCUCUCCCCUCUCCUCGGUGUUGUGUGUGUUUGUGUGUGUGCAUGAGCCAAGUGCAGCCCUCUCGCGCCCUCUAGUGGUCAUUUGUGAAACUUUUGUGUGUGAGCUAUACUGUAGUCCUUGUAGAGGGUUUUUCCACCUCACAUGUGCCAAGCUGUACUCAUACUGGAGCUUCUAUUGCUGUGGCACAGUACCACCACUGUGCUGGACUGGGUUUAUUUACAUCUCCUCUGCCAGCUUUCCCUCUCACAUAUCCAUCACUCUGUGGUCAUUGGAGAUGUAUCGAGGUGGAAACUAGAAGAAGACAAGCUGCCCUGAUGGUGCCGGCAUCGUGAUUGUUAAACCACUGCAACAAAUCAGCCGUCUGGUCCGUACGCAUAAAUCAUGAACUUAAACAUAUCCUCAACUUACCACAACCACACUACUAGUGAUAUAGAGACCGUCUGGAAGGGUUCCUCAGCUUGACUUCAUGGGGAAACUCUUUUUUUUUUUUUACUGUUUAUUUUUAUUUUUCACAGCUUGACACUCAGUUUCUGCAUUAUUUAUCAACUAUAUAAUAAAAAAUAAAAAAUGAUAAAUAAAUAAAUAAAAUAAAAUAAAUAUUUCUAUAUAAAUUAAAUACAUAUGCAAAAUUAUAUAUAUAUAAUAAUAAUACAAAUAAAGGGUAAAAAUAAGAAUAAAACAUAACUUAAAGACAGGCAUUUCAGGCAGGGGUCAGGGCCACCCGUAUAACCACGCUCUAUGCCGAGUUCGUUGGGGAAACUUAUUUGUUUCUUGCUAGAACCUUUUGUUGAAGUUUCACCUGCAACUUGUUCAAAGUGUACGGUUAUUUCUGGAACCAUUUGCUCAAGGUUUCAACCAAAACUCACUAUAAGAGGUUCUACUGAGAACCGUACGAGGGGAGUUAACAUCCCAAAAGUUUGAUCUCAAGCCAACAUGGGCUAACACAGAGGAAGUCCUUCCAGGAACGCUUACAUAUUCCAAAGGUUUCCACUAUCGGCUGUAUAUGAACAUGGGCAAGUGCCCCCAUCUCCUCCCAAAGUACCGCUGCAAUGGGUGAAUAUCAAAGUCUCAGUCCAGGUCUUCGUUAUUGUCAAAACCUGCAGUAUGCACCAGACGUAUAGAGGAUUGAUAUUGCGUUUCUCUCUCAGACCGAAGCAACUACAACAACAGAUAAACAGAGAAAAUACACACAAGACGAAGAAAAGGGAUUUUUAAAAAAGAGGAGCAAGAAAAAGAUAAGCCAAAGUUCAAAGAAAUAAGACAAUAAAUAAAAUAGAAUACAGUAGGUUUAAAAUACAUCACAUAUUGCACCAAUUUUUUUGCAGCCACGGCAAGCGCAGAAAGAAACCCUCACCCAAAAAUAGAAGUUCUAGGUAGAACCUCAGCCCUUACAAGAGAAGAGUGUUAGCAUGCUGGGCUAACUAGCAUAUUACGGUAACAUGGUUUUGCUUCUAAGGUUAAAGGGCGCAUCAAUUACCAUCUAGCUAGCUAACAAAGCUACGCCAAGAUGUCCGCUGUUAUCUGCCUCAGCUUGACAAUUAGUCGUAAAUUGACCGUUGUCACACACAUCUUACCUGUGUGGUUUGGUACAGUUUGGUACAGUUUGGUACAGUGUGGACGUAGAAAACCCUUAAAAGAUUUAUCAGGCUCAUGAUAAACACUGUCAGAGUAACUUUCAUCUCUCCUGUAGAAUCAGAAUCAAUAAACAGCCAUCCCUAAGAUCUCAGUGUUUAUUCGGAGCUGUGGGAGUCUCUGCAGGUCCACUUCAUGUAGGUGUUGUUGUAAACCCAGGAUCUAACAGAUAUGACUCUCAGUGUUUGGACUUUAUGCGCUCAGAAAUCCUCUUCAUUCAAAUUCAAACAGCUUGUAGAAUGAAGGGGUUAAAUGUAUUGAUUAGUGAUAAUCUGACAGUGUUAUAUGGAGCAGAGAUCAGAGCUGCUCUGUGGAGAGGUGCCUCAGUAGGUCACAGCUCCCCGAUGAUGAGAUGUUUCUCUGUGCUGUACCGUGUCCCCUCCGUGCUCUCUCUGUGUGAACUGUGGUCGUGAACCCGUUAAAGAACUGACUCCUUGAAUAUCUAAGAUGUGUUCAAACACUCCAGUUUGUGACACACGUCUCAUUCAACAUAUCAGAGCUUUACUCCUGAAAUAAAUGUGCAAUAUCUUCAACAAUCAGCACACAGCAGCAUCAGGAUUAAGAAAUGUUGGGGAUUCUGAAAGGAGUGUUGCGUCAGUUCACAUAAAUCUGCACAGCUGAUGGUGGUCAGUGACUGGUGAUGUGUUUGUGAUCAAAGACAGAAAAUAAAACCAUGACAUUA